AAAGUGAGAAAGGCAUGAAAAAAGGGAGCUGGAAGAAACUUCUGACCGAUUUUUCUCCGAGCGCAGUGAAACGCUGUUUUCUCGCGUAAAUCCUGCGGACUGGACGGAGGACGCGCCUUACUGUAUUCAUCUAAUAACUGGCUGUGUGUAUUCAUUUAUCGAUGGGUCUGCCGACGCUGGAGUUUAGCGAUUCUUUCCUGGACAGUCCGGAGUUCAGAGAGCGACUGCAGUGCCAUGAGAUAGAGCUGGAGCGCACCAACAGGUUUAUAAAAGACCUCAUCAAAGAUGGAAACAUGCUCAUAUCUGCCCUCAGAAGUCUGUCUCUUGCUGUUCAGCGCUUCUCUCAGUCUCUACAGGAGUUUCAGUUUGAAUGUAUUGGAGAUGCUGAGACUGAUGAUGAGGUCAACAUAGCUCAGUCCUUAAAGGAGUUCUCUCAGCUGUUGAGCACCAUGGAAGAGGAGAGAAAGCGACUGAUCCAGAACGCUGAUGACGUGCUAAUCUCACCGCUCGAGAGGUUUCGUAAGGAGCAGAUUGGAGCGGUUAAGGAGGGAAAGAAGCAGUUUGACAAGGAGACAGAACGGUACUACUCUGUUCUGGAGAAACACCUCAGCCUGUCCUCCAAAAAGAAGGAAUCACAGCUGCACGAGGCUGAUUCACAAAUGAGUAAGGACCGGCAGGUUUUUUAUGAUGCGUCACUACAGUACGUCUUCAAGAUCCAAGAAGUGCAAGAAAGAAAGAAGUUUGAAUUUGUGGAGCCACUAUUAGCCUUCCUGCAGGGUUUGUUUACAUUCUACCAUGAGGGCUACGAGCUGGCCAGUGAGUUUGAACCCUACAAGCAGCAGCUUCAGUUCAACCUGCAGAAUGCUCGCAAUAACUUUGAAAGUACACGUGCUGAGGUUGAGAGGCUGAUGAAGAGGAUCCGAUCAGCAGAAGAAGACUUCAAAGCCCCCAGUUGCUUUACCAUGGAGGGAUACCUGUAUAUACAGGAGAAACGUCCAUUGGGCAGUGUGUGGACCAGAUACUACUGUACUUAUGCAAAAAGCUCCAAGAUGUUCACCAUGAGCAACACCGAGGCCAGACCAGCCAGCAGACAGAACGGCGUGGUGAACGGCGCACCAGAGAUGUUCAGGCUGCGCUCGUGUGUCAGAAGGAAGACUGAUUCAAUCGACAAACGCUUCUGCUUCGACAUCGAGGUGGUGGAGAGACAUGGCGUCAUCACCCUACAAGCGCUCUCUGAGGCCAACAGGCGGCUGUGGAUGGAGGCAAUGGAUGGAAAAGAACCUAUCUACACUCUUCCCUCUUUACUUAGCAAAAAGGAGGAGACAUUUCUCAAUGAGGCGGGCUUCAACUUUGUUAGGAAGUGUAUUGAGCUGUUGGAAACGAGAGGCAUUACCACCCUUGGACUGUACAGGACUGGAGGAGUCAACUCCAAAGUGCAGCGGUUGAUGACGAGUGUGUUUGCCGCCACAGCUCCCUCUGAUAUGCAGCUGGAUGCAAACGCGUGGGACAACAAGACCAUCACCAGCGGCCUUAAGAACUAUUUCAGGUGUCUGGCAGAACCAUUACUGACCUACAGACUCCAUAAAGAAUUCAUCAAAGCUGCAAAGUAUGAUGACCAGAAGUACAGAGUGAGAGCCAUUCAUGCGCUUGUUCACAAACUACCAGAAAAAAACAGAGCAAUGUUGGACCUCUUAACCAACCACCUCUUCAAGGUGUCCUCUCACAGUGACCAGAACCUAAUGACUGUGUCCAACCUGGGAAUGAUCUUUGGCCCCACGUUGAUGAGGUCACAGGAAGAGACUGUGGCCGCCAUGAUGAACAUCAAGUUUCAGAACAUUGUGGUGGAGAUUCUCAUCGAAAACCACGACAAGAUCUUUGGUGAGGCCCCAGACCUAUCGGUACCAUUACCUCAGGCUCCGUCCUCGAGGACGUCGUCGACUCCUCGGAGGAACAAGGCCAUCUGCCUUUCAUCUGGAAAGAGGAAGGCUCGUCUCUACCCUCCUGCUCUCUGCCUCGCAGACAAUGACAGUGACACAUUCAGUAGCAGCCCCAGCACGACUCCAAUGGGCAGCCAGGAGUCUCUGUCCUCACACUCCUCUGAAAAGAACGGAUUGUCCCAGACCUCUCCUCCGUCCUCUCCUGCUGCUGAGCCCAGCUCGUCCUCCACAGCGCCUGCGUCUCCCCCUGCGGCUUCUUCUUUCUCCCCCUCUCAUAACUCCUCAAACGGGAGGGAUCAGAAAAGCCCGUCAGACAGCGCUGCCUCCCCUCACCUCACGCCAUGCUCCUCCUCCUGGACUUCGUCCCAGCUCAUUCCAACCCAGCAGACUUCCUCUGUGUCCUCCUCCAUGUCCUCUUUACUCUCUGCAGAGAGGAGUCAGUCUGUCAAAGGAAACGCGACUGCCUCCUUGUCAUCUGUUAAAGAGUCCAGAUCUCCCUCCAGAGCCUCCACAUCCACCACCUCCGCCCAGCAUGCUUCAGUGGAGUGCACCUCCUCUCUCAGGGUGGGCCAGCCAGUUCAGAGAGUGUCGUCUGUCUCCUCUCUGAAGAGCAUUCAUUCGGUGGAUCAAAGAAAUGCACCCAGCACCUCUUCCACUGUCACAGAAGCCCGAGUGACGGACUCUACCUCUCCUUCUCGGCAGCACAGGACUGCUUACAGGACUGCCUCCUCCUCAUCUUCCUCCUCCUCUUCAUUGUUUCCCUACCAACUUUCCACAUCUUCCUCUCUCACCUCCCUUCACAUCUCCGAGGAUUACAAAAGCUGUCAUGGAUCGGUACAGAGUCUUAUGUCACUGGACCCACAAGACGCAACACAUACACGUAAACCGUCACACAUCCGCUGUGGCUACGGUCUGACUGCGAAACACUCCGUGGCCACAUCCAGCAACGGUUACCAGAGGCCUGGAUCAGUAUUGUCAGUCGGCCUACCACAACGUGAGAGUUCAGUAUUCUCCUCGGCGUUAGACAUAUGUUCCUCAGGAAGGGAAGCAAAAGCUCUUUACUCCUGUGAGGCAGAGCAUAGCCAUGAGCUCAGUUUUCCACAGGGGGCGCUGUUCUCAAAUGGUAAGAAAACCACUCGUACGUUUCAUUUCCCGAGGAAAUCUUUGGUCCCGUUUACUCCUGCUAUUAACAUGUGUUUUUUCGCAUCCAGAUACAGAUCACAUUUUAAUGCCAAGUUUAAAUGAGUUAUAAGUGUUUUGGGUCCACAUUAGUAAAAGUGUCUUUUGAUGUUAGAUCUGCAAUGAUUAGUUGAUUAAUCGAUUUAAUUAAUAGUCAUUGAUUAUUUUUCUCACAGGCAACUCAUCAACUAGUUUAGCACGCAGUCUCUUAUUAUCUUUAUUUAUUCCUUAUAAUAACGUCCUGUAAUCCCUCUUAUUUCUUAACUUUCAGUGAUUGUAGUGUUUCCCUCAAAGUGUUAGGUUAAUUAAAAUAAAGUUAGGUCAAACAUUUUUAUCCACUUCAUAGCAAUGAAACAUAGAUGUUAAUCGACUUGUUCCAAGGAUUGUCUGGAGAAUACAAAAUGGUUUUGUAUUCAUUCUUUGUGGCUGCUCUAAGUUACAACAAAUGAAAUAUCUUAGAUGCUUUGUGAUUAUUUUAACACAUUUCCACUAAUCCAUUGUGAAUUCAGUUUUAUGUUUGGAAACUUCAUGAUCUGGACUAGACUUAAUAUAAAGGUCCGUGGGUCGGAAUAAUGUUUUCGGCUGCUCAACAUGUCCUUUGUAUUAAUGACCCAGCAGAGGGACAGUUGCAGUUUACUGGUCAUGCGCUGUACGUUGUUCAUUCAGGGAGUGUACAGUUCAUUGUAAAUCUGUGGUAUCUCGACAUAACCAGCGGGAAAUUAGAAAUUGCUUAGAAGUUGUAAUGAAAUUUCCAUGUCUUAAGAAGACUAUGGAUGUCUGUGUAAUUCAUUAGGUAAGAUGAAGUUUGAUUGUUUUUGCUUACCUGCUGAGUUGAGUUGAGUUGUUUGUGUCUGCAGUGUACCCGUCUGUGGAACCAGGUUGGCUGCAGGCGACGUACAGCGGCAGAACAGGCCUCAUACCUGAAAACUACAUCAGCUAUAUUUGACAGACCCGAUGACGUCAUCACCACAUCAUCGGGUCUGUCCCUAAAGUCUAAGUUACACCUUUGCGUAACUUAGACUUUAGGGAUCUACAGUGCAAACAGUAACACUCUGUGCUGCUGAUCAAAGAUAUAAUAUAUUUAUCUUGUAACUGUGAUUGAACAUUAUGUAUGUCAGACUACUGUGGCUGGAUCUGAAUGAUGUGUGUACUGUAUGUAUAUCUGACUACUAUAUCUGAACCAUGUUAUGUGUUAUUAAGUAGCUUAUAAUACAGUAGAUGUAAAUCCCUGACUUGUUGGUUUCACUUAAUCAACAUUAUCAUCUCUUUUAUUUUUGUGUUCAGCAGUCUUGCUGAGAAUUCUGAGAACGCUACAUGAAAUGCGUCUACAAGAUACAUGGGAACAGUAUUUUUUAUCAAUCUUGGUAAUUUAUGUCUUUGUAAAUAAUCAUAUUAAUGUUUUAAUUGUCCAGAGAUGAAGUGUUCACAAUUCUGUGCUGGAGCCGUUUGAACCGAUUCGAUCCUGCCAUAACACCUUCCUCCUUUUGUCUCUGUCAGAUUUCAUGCUGUCUAAAUAAAGGACAAAUACUUUCCUUAAAAUCGCCAGUUUGUAUUCGUAGAUUCAGUUUAUGUUUAGU